GAUGUCUACGUGGUCGAGCGAGGUAGUGAUGCGACACUUCAAAAUCACAACAAACAAUGCUAAGCUUCAAAUGGUGAAGACAGUUGUUAGCAGACACGGCAUAUCACUGCAAAAGCGUUGCAUACAACAAUGGAUAUAUCAGCAUUUUCUGAAGACAAUUUUGAUGUUAAGGAAUGGAUAAACAAAACAUUUCGAAGGGCAGAAGCCCAAGAAAACAGAGAUGCAUUUGCAUCUUCAUUAGUCAUGAAACUGCAGCUGUAUGUGCAACAAGUCAACAGUGCUUUGGAGGACACAAGUCAGCAGAUACUCCAGAGUCUACCACGAAUAAUGCGAGAUACAGAGAUUUUACAACAGGAAGCCAUGCUUUUAGGGGAGAAAAUGAAUGCUGUAAAGAAAGAUAUUGAAAAGGUUGAACAGGACACAGGACAAUCAAUGGCAACACUGGAGCACAUAGACCAUUUAAAAACACAAUUGCAGGCUGCAAAACAAGCACUUCAUGAAGCAGACAACUGGACCAUUCUUGCGACUGACAUGGAAGAAGCAUUUGAGUCUGGUGAUAUGGAAAGAAUUGCAAGUAAGCUAGUCAGCAUGCAGCAGUCACUUGCUGUACUUGCUAAUGUUCCUGAUUAUGAAGACAGGAAGCUGCAGCUUGAAGGUCUGAAGAAUAGACUGGAGGCUUUGACCAGCCCUCAGUUGGUUCAAGCAUUCACUUCGAGUUCUGUGGACCAGUCACUAAUCUACGUACAAAUUUUCACAUCAAUUGGUCGGCUCCCACAGCUGCUUAAAUAUUACCAUAAAUGCCAAAGGGGUGCACUUCUGCAUCAGUGGGCGUCUCUAGUCGAAGCCGAGGAUGGUGGUGUUCAUGAGUGGCUGCGCCAGCUCUACGACUCUCUGCUAUCUGGGUGGCAUGAGCGGCUGCGGUGGUGCUCACAGGUCUUUGGAGCUGGACCUGCUCGCUCUACCUUGCUUGCACUGUUUGCAGAUGUAUUAGCAAAUUUGGAACCGAGUCCAAACCUAUGCAUUGAUGCAGCGUUGAAACAACGGCCACCAUCUGACCAGUUAAGCUUCCUUCUAUCACUCAAGCAACUCACUUCACACUUUGCGAAUAACUUGCAUUCUGUCACUGAUGCACCCGCAGUUAAAGCAGAUGAUUCCAGUGAAGCAGAGCUCAUUCUUUCCUUGGCGCAGGCAGUAUACUUACCGUAUGUGACAUAUGUUGCGAAAUAUUCAACAUUUGAGCAACAGACUCUUUCGCCCCAGUUAUCAGCCAUAGAAAGUAACAAGCAAGAUCUUAUGGACACCAUUCAAGAGCUUGGCCAGUCCAUUCCUCGUGUAGUAUCUAUCAUUUCUGAAGCCAAUAAGAGAUGUUUACAGUUUACUGAGGGAUGUGGUUAUUGUGGCUUCAUCAAAGCAAUACAGGCAUUCCUUGGUGAUUACUUGGACAGAUAUCGUGCAGCCCUUAAACGCCUAGACCAACAAAAAGGUGAUCACGAGCACUGGAAUAUGUUCCAAAUGUGCCUUACAUUGCUACAGAAUGUUGGCGAACUACUCAGUCAAGUAAAGCAAAUGGGGGCAGACUUGGUGCGCAGCAUACAGGACACAUCUCAAAAGUUACAGGCCCAGAACACUUCGCCUUUCAUGCAGUACAAGCAGCUUCUCCUCAGUCCAGAUGGUGUAAAAGAACUUGACAAUUUGGUGGUGAGCAUUCAAGAAGGUGGUGAGAUAUCCAUUGUAGAACCACUGAUAUCCUCACUGAACAAGUUGUGUAGUGAUGUACAUCACACAACCUUCCAAGUGAUAUUUGAGCCUAUUUCAUCUCAGCUUGAACACGUACAAAAGGCACCUGCGUGGAGCAGUGGGAGUGCACCUAGUGUGGCAGCUGACUUGCCAGACUUCAGCUUCACACCCCAAGAGUACAUCACUCAGAUAGGCCAAUAUCUGAUGACACUGCCUCAGCACCUGGAGCCAUUUCUUUUACGAGACAAUCCAUCACUGACAUUGGCAUUACGUGUUGCUGACUCAGAAUACCAAGCUAUGUCUGAAAAUAGUGAAGCAGGGGUUGCAGAUGCCUUACUUGGAAUUAUAGCUCGUGGCACAUGUCAGAUGUAUUGUGAGAACAUUCUGGGCAUAUGUGAGCUGUCAACAAGUGGCUGCAGGCAGCUUGCUACUGAUAUUGAUUAUCUUGGCAAUGUCCUGGAGGAUCUUGGUCUCGCGCUGUCUGAGCACUUGACUCAGAUGUCGUCUCUGUUGCGCCUGUCACCAGAUGAAUACCAGACACGGAGCUCAGGAUGUGCAGCUCCACGACUCGUUGCAGCCGUCCGUCAGAUGCGCAAUAUUACGUCUUCCAGUUAAAUACGGGUUUCUAAAUAUAUCACAAAAGCCAGUGAUAUUUUGUGCAUAAAAAUUGGUUAAUAAUAUAAAGAGAUUGACAGGGAGAGAGAGAGAACAUAUGAAUUCUAUUUUUGUUGUAUUAUGUGAAAAUAAAGAAACUAAUCUAAAAUUAA